CAACAAUCAUGGCGCGCCUCUCUUCAGCAAAUUCCCCAGACCUGACCGCCAUAAACUUAACCCGUCUACUCGCUCGACUUCAGCAAACUCUCAUAAGCCCAGAUUCUGCCACAGAAUCUAGGUUGCGAACCACUUUGGAACGGGAGAAAGUCGGAACAAACAUCGAAUAUGCUAGGACUUUGCUCGUAAGACUUGAGCAGGAUGCGCAGACUAUCAAGGUGCAAUCACGGAAGCAUGAAGUACAAGCAGACCUAGUGCAAAAACGAGAGGCCAUCCAGCGACUUAGUGAAAGACUGGACGAGUUGAACGAGCUUGGGGAUUUUGAAUCCAUAGAAGAGGAUUCUUCUGACGGCGAGGACCUUCUGGGCGAAGACACACCUUCAGAAGAAACAGACUCCCAUGCCGACGCCGCAGAACCUCAAUCUACGUCCUCCUCCAUGGUAGAAACUACCCCGCCCCCAUUCGUACCGCAAAUACAAGCACAACCACAAGUCCGGCCUCCACCUCCCACAAUCGAGUCCGAGCCCGAAAAAGAACUCCCAUCCACUCUCCGAGCCCGCACCAAAGAAGCGCAAGCCCGCGCUGAACUUCUCACCCCAGCAUCAACCAGCACUGGUAUCUCAACCGCCACCACAGAAGCUAUGCUCACACACAACCGGACUGAACAAGAGCAACUCACAGGCUCCCUCCUAGCGAUGGCGUCCGCACUGAAGGAAUCUUCGCGAGCAUUCGCCACCUCGCUGGAAGAAGAGAAAAGUGUACUUGAUAAUGCAACUACUGGGCUAGAUAAGAAUGAGCUUGGGCUGGAGGCUGCGCAGCGGAGGAUGGGAUACCUGCGGACAAUGACAGAAGGGAAGGGCUGGUGGGGACGCAUGUUGAUGUAUGCAUGGAUAGCGGGGCUCAUGGUACUGGCGAUUCUGAUCGUCUUUGUUAUGCCCAAGCUUAGAUUUUGACAUACUCCUGGCUUACUGGUUAGGAGAAUUGUGUUGCUGCUAGUGUGUACAAAGAUCGUCGUGUGGACAUUGGAUAUCGAUCAGGCGUUUGGCGUGGAGCAGGAAGGUUAGGAGGAUAUCUGAUGACCGAUAGAAGUCGCUUUAUGAUUUUGCAUUUUUAAGAUACCAGCCAUACCCUCUUCAGCCAGCGAUUCAGCAAUGUUAUUAAGUUUUGGUAAAGCCUCGCAUUAAGCUAUGGAAAGGUCGUCUAGCUCCUGGUCGCGCCAGUUGCAAUUAAGCUAAGUUAAUCUUUUUGAUGAAGAAUCCCACUCUAAUAUACCAAGCAUUCUCUGUAUGUGUGUUAAUGCACUUUUGUUUGGUGAUAAUGUUGAAACAUCCCCGGUAUAUUUCUCUGACUGUUGCAGCCGUCGAGAUGAGACCGAGCCAAUAACUUGCAAGGUGUUGUUGAAAAGACCUGUAAGAUAUGGCGUCCCCUUUCUGCUCUCCUGUGCGUAGUCUUAGAAUCCACAACUUGAUCGCGCAAAGUUGGAAAGCCAAAGCAAGAAGCGGACUCAGUAAAUCAUGUUUUCACUCAUCCCAGAAAUCCACACAAGUCCCUCUUCCCCCUGGCAGCCGCUUACGUUCUCGGACCACAAACUCAGCCCAAGGUCAAGCCCUGGUCUGCAUGAUACUAAUGAUGCUAGGAAGCGACUUCAAUGAUUGAUAAUCUCUUCAUCUUUCACCGUCCUCACUCUCGCUCGAGAUUUCAAUAGCUGUACUGCUACUGUGACCACUCAUGCCGAUUGGUCUACCAGCACUCACCGAGUUAUGAUCGCUUGAGGAGAUUGACAUGACACCAUGGGACUCCAGUCCCGAACUCGUCGAACCUUGACUGGACCCCAAUCCAGAGCCGGGAUUCGAUCCACAAACCGAGGUAUCGCUUCCUCUAUCCUCAAUAUCUGACAUCUCACCACAGGCAUCAUGUCCAUCCCCGCCAACCUCACUAUCCGUGUCAUAUCCCAUCUCCACAUCAGCG